AUGUCUCUGCAGGACAACAUUGACAGCCUUGUGAAUAUGGGCUUUGACGCAUCUGUUGCACGCUCUGCGCUCGAGCGGGCCAAUAAUAACAUUGAGGCCGCGGUCAAUUAUAUCUACGCGGACUCCUCUGGAGAGUUGCCCUCCUACAGUGAGCAAUCCGAAUCGGGAGUCUUGGGGCCCGUCCAGGACGGCCGCAGCGCCUCUACGGCGAUCCCAAUUGAGGACGAUAUCAAAGAUAAGAUUGCCAGCUACGGCUACGGCGCAGAGAAUCGGGAGAUCCAAUUGGACUCUGACGAGUCGGAGCACGAGGUUCUGCCCAAAUAUGACGUCUACGACGACAUUUCGCGAUACAAAAGAGCACCAGAAGUGCCUGGAGUUCUGCUUCCGGUGAAAGUUGAUCUUCUAGAGGGCUAUUUUGCGCCUUUGUUGAUGGUUCUGAGCAACAUUCCCGCUUUCAGAGAUACGGUCUUAGAGCAUGAGUUUGAGGACUACGGGUACUCGCCGUACUGGUGGAAAAAAGAGCGGUGUCUCUCGAACGCGGACGUGACCAUGGAGGUGCAAAGACUCGUAGCGUUUCUUUCUGCGGACUCGAAAAGAGCAUUUUCGUCUAUUAGGACGCUUAUCGACGCCAGUGCGAAACUGAUUACAGACGAUUAUGAGAGCAUUUCGGAGUUCAUUCAGUUUAUCUACAGCACCAUCAUCGAGCUGUUUGGUAAACUAGGCUGGACCUCCAAGGAGCGGCUGACCGACCUGUUCACGUCGCGGUUCCAAUUUGAGAACGACGAAACCCAGACACACCGCAUCUUCCCUGUCGAGUCAAACUAUUUUUACAAAGACAUCUACCGUAUCAUGCACUCGCUUUUAUGGGGCAAGGAUCUGAGCCGCAUAGCGCAGCACGGCUUCGUGCGGCUGAGUGAUGUUUUGACGAUCAGCUUUGAAGGAAACGGCGACACUGUUCCCGGUGGCGGCUUUGAGCUCACCGAGGAGUUUUUCCCGCAAAUUUACACAUCCGAGUAUGAGAAGCUAGUGGUAGAUAAAUUCCAGCGGAUCAGCGAGUUAAGAGAAGAGGUGAGCAAAAUCAAUGCCCAGAACAUGCAGCUCAAGGCGUUCAAGGGUAAACGUGUGGCAGCCUUAUUGGAGACCACCCUCAAUCACCUGUCUUCUCUUGGCGAAGACGAAAAAAUUCAGUCUGCUUCCAAAGAGCUUGAAGGAAUAGCCAGCCACAUUCUGGAUCAGAAAACACAAAACACAGACAAGCUGACGGCCCUGAACAAGGAACGGUCGCAGAUGGACAUCUACAACAUAGACUACAUUCUGGAUGAGCAUAAGACGAACCUGGAGCCUUGGAUUCUGGUGGGUGUCAUUGUCAGCGAGCGCCAAUUCUGCUACAGAACGGAAAAGGGCUGGUACACGUUUGUUUACGAGCUGGAAGAAGGCAAGAAUUUUACCAUCUCAGAGUCCACGUUUGAGACCAUUAGAGACCAGAUAAGGGACUACUCAGCAGACAACUUUGAUACCGGUAUGGUGCUGCUGUACGCGAGAAAGUCUCUGCUGGCCAGCACCCCACCAAUAAUAAACGAGAAGCUGAAGCAGUUUAUCAGCACUGAUAACGACAAGGUGGCACAGGACUACGAAGCGUUCAUGUCGCAGCAGCCAAAUCAAAAAGAGGACGGAUACGUGCUGGUGGACAUGUGA